UACAGUUUAAUACUUCUAUAAAUUUGAAUUAUCAACAGGGGCAUUGCAAAAAAUCAGUGCAAAAAUACAUUAAUUUGAAAAAUUCAUGGGGGGCAACCCCUCCUACCCUAGGUGUAGUUCCGCCACUGAUAUAAGUGUUACUUUUUUUAAACUAAAGGUAAAUGAGAUUAAAGUAAAUAUGAAAAUAGUAUUAAAAAUGUGGUAGUUUAAACAAUUCCUCAAAAUAAUAAAGCAUAUUUUGUAUACAAUUUCACAUAAAAUGUAAAUAAACUAUAUAUAUGUUAUUUUGAAAUUAAAUUUAUUAUUAAAAUAAGCGAGUCGAAAAUCUAGUAUAAAUAAUACUUAGCUUAAACACGGAGACUUGCGCUAUGUAGCAAAGCUCGUCUUGAAAGGCACAGUGUGCGCCAUCGCCACUCCCGUCAACAAAGCCGACAUGAUCUUCACGAAGAUCUCCGAUCUUCCGGUAAAUUUGGUUGAGGAGAUUCUGUCUAAGGUUCCGUUGAAAUCAAUGAGAGCAGUGCGUUUAACUUGCAAACGUUGGGAAGCUUUAUGGAAAAGCCGAAGCUUUUCAAAGAUGCAUAUUGAUAAAAUAAGAUCAGGUGAGUCUCUGAUGAUCGCAAAGAUGGAUUACCAUCUUUAUCUCGUGAGAAUCGUUGUCAAUGAAGAUCCAAUUAUAGAGUGCCAAGGUAGACUUACUUGCAAAGACAAACAAACUAAGAUAUCUCAAGUUUUCCACUGUGAUGGUUUAUUGUUAUGCUUCUUGAAAGAUGAUGUUACCAAAUAUAUUGUUUGGAAUCCAUAUUUGGGUCAAACUAGGUCCAUAGAGUCUCCAUACUCUCACCGCCGCCCAGACAGAUGCCCAGCCGCCGGAUGGAACUGGUUCACAUACGGAUGGAAGAACUGGUUCACAUACGCUCUCGGAUACGAGGACAAAGGCUCAACUUGUCGUGGCUACAAAUUAUUGAGGUUUAUAGACAAAAUUUUUGAUACACCUAGAGACCAGUUUUCAUGUUAUAAGAUUUACGAUUUGGACUCCAGUACAUGGAAGACUCUUGACAUCACUCCAAACUCUCCGCGUAUACUACCUUCUCAUAGGGGUGGUGUGUCUCUCAAAGGAAACACGUACUGGCUUGCUUCACAAAGAAACGCAGGACAAUACGUGCUUGACGAUCACAUAAUCUGUUUCGAUUUUACAAGUGAGAGUUUUGGUCCUCUUCUGCCUCUUCCGUUCUACGCUGGAGCUAAUGACGAUGUGACUUUAUCGUGUGUUAGAGAAGACAAGCUUGCUCUUUCACUUUCUCGCAUCAACGAAGCAUCUCAACUGGAGUGCAUAUCAAGCAACCUGCUGUUGGAGGCAAAAGGAAACAACACAAGGAUUUAGAAGCGCAAGGAUAUGAUAAAACAGAAAAAAAAAGAAGAUGAUUAGUCUCUCAGGUAACAAAGCUUGUACUUGCAUUUACUCAUUCUUCACUUUGUCUUUUCUUAAGCUGACCUUGUUUUGGUGUUGUUAAACCUUCUUUUACAACUUUUUUAAAUCU